UUUAUAAAGUUUGACGACAUUGCAACCCUAAAAAUCUUCACGUGAGCCGAAUACGGAAGUGAUGUCAAAAAAGUUUCUCUCUUGACUGGGAAACACCGACGUUUUUCAAAGCAGUUUGUGUUGGACGUUAAACGUUGAUCAGGAUGAAUUCUGCUCAUAAAAAGACAGCGGAUGGUCUCAUAAACAGGUACCAGACUAACUUGGAGAGACGACUUGAGAAGGGGGAUCGAAGUCUGGUAUGCAGGGAUGAGGAUUUUUGUAAGGAAGUUGAGACGCUCCUUCACAAUGGCAAUGCCCAGAAGAUGCACAGUCUACAUAGAUUAGAUUCUCUGGCAGUGAUGGAAAAAUCUCUCCAUGCAUUUCCCUCUAAAACUGGCCAAAUGAGGCUUGAGAAUCUUUCCAAGGCCUUUGAAGUGUUGGAGCUUGCGGCAUUAAACCUCUACAUCUACCCCUGGAGAAGAGAGUACAGACUGGUGAAGAUGUUUUCAGGUAUGUUCACCCAUUUGAUCAAACCUACACUGACACUUCAGCAGGCUAAAGAGCUGUUUGGUUUGCUUGGAUACCAAGCUUCAAGUCCUAAUGAAGAAGAAGAGUUGGCGCUGAACUCCAAACUAGUUCCUGCUGAUGUUUUACUCAGUCUUGCAUGUGGUUUCUUCACUGCUCGGAUGGAAUGCCAGCUGCUACUUUCGGCCUUGGGCUCUGUGGACAGAGGUGUGGAGUGGGUUCUACAGCUAGUCAAGGAGAGGCAGGCAGGCCACAGUCUUCAGAUAGCAUUAGAGAACACCAAGAGAAAGUCAGAUGCUGCCAGUGUUUCAGACGCCAUCCUGACUGGUGACGUGGACGCUGAGCUGGAUCUGUACACAGAGCAGGCAGAUGCUUCUCACAUGAUGUCCAUUUCUGAUUCGCCACCUGACUCUUCUUAUAUGCAACCAAAAGAGAAGCCUUUAAGCAAGAUUUUACAGAGAGAGCCCUCACAGUCAAACAUGGGGAAUAAUGAGGAUGCAAGGCAGGGAAACUCACUCAUCAAUCCAGGUCCAGUGGAAAGCUUUGCUGAAGAUCAAAUUGAAGAUGAUGCCCAGAGACAAGCAGCAGCAAAAUUGUUGUGCAAGUGUAUCACUCCAGAUAAGUUAUUUAUUUACGAGUGUGAGAAUUGCAAAGACAUGCACAGUUCAUCGUGUUCUCGUUAUGGAGAGUGCAGAAGGAAAGAACAUACUUUAGCACUAUGCUCAGACAAAGCUGAAGAGCUUUAUUCAACACAAGACCAGAUUAGAUUGGCCAAGGAAAAAUCAAAAGAUUCCCUGAAAACACAUUUUUGUAUGGUUGGUUCUACUUCUGAUUCAUUUUUGGUGUGCCAUGAGUGCCAGUUGAUCCAUGACCACAACUGUAAUAUUAUACAAAUGUGCAAUUUAAAACACAACGUGCAACCAACAGGAAAAUUACAACUCCCUCAAGGAGAAAAAGUGAACGCCCAAAAGAGGCACAAAUGUCUUUCUGCUACACAUCAUAAGCAGUACUCUCAGGAAACGGGUGAUUCAGAAAGACCAAUACCAUAUCACGAUUACUGCUGGAAUAGUGACCAAUUUUUUCCUGAAACUUUAUGCCUUACUUGUAAAGUCUUUCAUUUCUCUGGGUGUCCUGAACAACGACACUGCUCUCUAAAACACAACUUAAAAAAUGUUAAAACAUCCUGUGUCUCUUGCUUAAGUAGGGACCUUAGCAACUUGCAGGUAUGCAGGUAUUGUGGUGAUGUGUAUUGCACUCUCUGUUGCUAUAAAUAUACCAUGAUGUGUAGGUGUGGAAACCCUUUCCUCAGAGCUUCUUCCUCUGUUUAGAAACAACUGUCAGCGUUGACCAUGUCUUGUUGAAAACACUGUUAAUCUCCAAAUUAAGCCUAUUAUUUUGCUAAUUGCACAAUAAGCCUGAAAUACUGGGUAAUAGAAACAUGAUCUGAUUUUUGAUAUUAGCAAUGUCUUUAUAUGAUAUUAAGAGCCAAAUAUUACAAGAAAGUAACAAAUUUCACUGUAGAGUUGACUGUCUCUUACUAAUCUAUAUGUCAUACAGUAACAUGGCUUGUAACUGUUAUUGGUGAGAUUGUGUAAUUGCCACUCCACAUGUAUUCAGUUAUUGGUAUGAUGUGUUCUGGAAAAUUAUGGCUUUCGGUCUUAGCAACAACUCCAGCCAAUCACUGUGGUUUAGAGUGAUAUACUGCCAUAUAAUUAUUAAAUAUAAUGUACAUGUCUGAUAUUAGGAUUGUUUAAAGGAAUUCAUAUAAAAAAUAAAAGAUCUAAAUGAGAA